AUGUCAGGGACAUCAAAUGCAGAAUCUGCUGAAGGAGUAGUCUCCAAAGUUAAAGUCAAAAAGCAGAUCAAGACUAUCGUGAAGGAUUUGGAGACCAUCCUGGGAGACUUGAGGGAUGUAGCCAAGGAACUCAAAGAGGUUAGUGGGUUUAUGUUAUGUGGUUUUUAUUUGAGAUGAACAUUGUUUUGAUUUAAUACAGGUAUAUUUAGGGUAUAGAUUUUUUACUGAUUGGGAAAAAGAUUGAACUAUAAUAAACAUCUGAAGGCUCAGAUAGAAUUAAGUCCAUGGCCUAUUCAUUGGCCUUUCGUAUGUGACCAAAUAUCUUAUCAGGUGAACAUGAAAGACAUUUAGGACACGUUGUAUGUGUGGAGGAUGACAACGCAGCUGCGCCUUAGUGCGUACACUAGGCUUUGAUAAUUUAAGUGCAAGAAUUAAUCAUGAUUAAUCACGUGUAGUUCACCGGUAUGGUUUUGCAUUGCAUUUCAUCAUCUAAAUGCAGUCUAGCCUACUGUUUUUAUGAUAAUGGUCUCCUGUCAAAUUAUACAGCAACUCUCCUCUCGAUAGGCACCUUGUUACAGUAUCAGGAUUGUGUCAGUGCUGUCAUUGUGUCCAAGUGAUAUACAAUUAUUAGGAAUAGCAAUUUUAGUGCAUUCAUUCAUUUAUCUCAUACUAUAUUUGUUUUCUGUUGAUUUCACACAUUGAUCAUUGUGGUCUUCCAUCGUCCCUAUAAUAACCCGCACUCUAACCUGCUUUGACGCGGGGAUGUAGCCUACCUAGAUGUUUGUACGAAUGGAGCUAUCCGGCCUGCUGGUGCUGAAAUACUCGCCCUUACACGACAGGUUGUCACUUUAGAUGAAACCUACACUGUUCUUCUUACAUUAUGGAUGGAAUGGAUACAUGGCACACGUUUCCUCUGAAAUAAUGCUGCUCUUUCAACAUUUUCAACAAGUAUUUGAAUUAAACACAAUGUUAUAGCGGCGUCAAUAUUCUAUUCAUGGAAGUGUACACAAUCUGUUAAGCUAACAGCACUACUAAAACAACCCACCUCGGGGAUUGUCAGUUCAUUGUCAAAGCCAAUGUUUCAGUAAAUCCCAUUUAGAUGCAGUAUUUAUCUAGUGCAACUCACACACAUGAAUACUGGAUUCAAGCCUACGUUUAAGGGGAGCUGAACCCAGAUGCUUGGCACAGAGAGAACCAUCAUGCCCCGCAGCAUGUGGCAAUGGAUACAGUGAAUCUCUUUUGUGUCCCACUACCUUAUCAAUUUAAGACUAUGCAUGGAGAUUUCACUCUACAUGAGCUUUUCGCCCAACAUGGACAUGCUGAUAUUACUUCACUAGCUUCAAUUACUUCAAAAUAUAAUGACUUUUAAAACAGUAUACUAUGUGGAUACUGUUCAUAGAGAUGGUUUGGCAAAGUAUUGGCUACCACUGAAAUGUGAAAUGAUAGGCAACUUAUCCCAUAGGUCUUAAUUAGUAAGUAUUGUGUCCGUAACAGAUUACAAAAUAACAAGUGAUUUCAGACUAUCUCCCUAAUAGUGUUGAACAUUGUGUAUUUUUAUACAUGCAUAUACAUAUACAGUAAUCAAGGUUUAUUUCUACUCAAAACUAGUAAACAUACCUAAGGGAAAAUGUAGUCAUUUUCUACAAAGAGACGUCUUUGCAAUUUUCACUGCCUGUAGGUAUAUUCUUAUCACCUUAACCAUGAAUGUAUGGGGGCGCCGAGUAUGUGCUUUCUACAAUUUCAAUUUCAUCUUAAUAUGUCCACUACGUGUAAGUGCAUACACACAGAAUUAAUUCUUAUAUAAACUGAUCAUGUGUGUUAUCAAGUUAGUAUUGCUAUAGCCAGAGGGUCUUGCUUUUGAUUUAGAGACUUAAUACAGUUUGGUGUGUGUUCUUUUCAUUGUACUAUUAUGGGUAGUUUCUAGUUUACCCUUACCUUAUAAAUACAUCUAGCAAAUGAUCAAUUAAUCAAACACAACCUGCAAUGAAUCAGAGAAUACAGUGUAAUAUUGUUGCGUUGCAAGCGAAUCUGGCUUGAGAGGACCAUAUGUCUACAGUUUUAUAAUAAUGCAUUAGUUUAAAGGUCCAAUUCAGCCAUUUUUAUCUCCAUAUCAAAUCAUGUCUGGUAACAAUUAAGUACCUUACUGUGACUGUUUUCAACUAAAAUUGUCAAAAAUAAGCAAAAGUAGCUUCUUAGCAAAGAGCAAUAUCUCAAGCAAGAAUUUAGCUGGGACUGUCUGCGAGUGGUCUGAGCGGGGAGGGGAAACUGAAGACUAGCUGUUAUUGGCAGAGGGUUGUAACUCUCUUAUUGGUCUAUUAACUAAUUAACCACCUGGUGAUGUCACCAGGCAGGCCAAAACUCCAUCCCACCAAAACAGGCUGAAAUUUCAGGCAAACUUUUCAAACAGCUCUUACACUAAAAAUAUACAGUAUACACAGUGCCUUCAGAAAGUAUUUCCAUUUACCCCCGAUACCCCAUCAUGACAAAGUGAAAACAUGUUUUUAGACAUUUUUGCAAAUUUAUUGAAAAUGAAAUACAAAAAUAUCUAAUUUACAUAAGUAUACAUGUUAGAAUCACCUUUGGCACCGAUUACAGCUGGGAGUCCUUCUGGGUACGUUUUUAAGAGCUUUGCACACCUGGAUUGCACAAUAUUUUUUAUUCUUCAAGCUCUAUCAAGUUGCUAAACAGCCAUUUUCAAGUCUUGCCAUAGAUUUUCAAGCCGUUUUAAGUCAAAACUGUAACUAGGCCACUCAGGAACAUUCAAUGUCGUCUUGGUAAGCAACUCCAUUGUAUAUUUGGCCUUGUGUUUUAGGUUAUUGUCCUGCUGAAAGGUGAAUUUGUCUCUCGGUGUCUAUUGGAAAGCAGACUGAAGCAAGUUUUCCUCUAGGAUUCUGCCUGUGCUUCGCUCUAUUCCGUUUCUUUUUAUCCUAAAAAAACUCCCUAGUCCUUGCCGAUGGCAAGCAUUCCCAUAACCUGAUGCAGCCACCACCAUGCUUGAAAAUAUGAGGAGUGGUACUCAGUGAUGUGUUAUGUUGGAUUUGCCCCAAAUAUAACGCUUUGCACGCGCCAUGCUCUACCGUGUAGCUCAGUUGGUGGAGCAUGGCGCUUGCAACGCCAGGGUUAUGGGUUCGAUUCCUACGGGGAGCCAGUAUGAAAAAAAAUAAAAAAAAUAAAGUAUGCACUCACUGUAAGUCGCUCUGGAUAAGAGCGUCUGCUAAAUGACUAAAAUGUAAAUGUAUUCAGGACAUAAAGUUCAUUUCUUUGCCACAUUUUUUGCAGUUUUACUUUAGUGCCUUAUUGCAAACAGGAUCCAUGUUUUGGAAUGAUUUUUUUCUAUAGAGGCUUCCUUCUUUUCACUCUGUCAUUUCGGUUAGUAUUGUGGAGUAAAUACAAUGUUGUUGAUCCAUCCUCAGUUUUCUCCAAUCACAGCCAUUAAACUCUGUAACUAUUUUAAAGUCACCAUUGGCCUCAUAGUGAAAUCUCUGAGCGGUUUCCUUCCUCACCGGGUGCUGAGUUAGGAAGGAUGCCUGUUUCUUUGUAGUAACUGAGGGGUAUUGAUAAACCAUCCAAAGUGUAAUUAAUAACUUCACCAUGCUCAAAGGGAUGUUCAAUGUCUGCUUUAAGAUUUUUACCCAUCUACCAAUAGGUGGCCUUCUUUGCGAGGCAUUGGGAAAACCUCCCUGGUCUCUGGUUGAAUCUGUGUUUGUAAUUCACUGCUAGACUGAGGGACCUUAUAAUUGUAUAUGUGGGCUACAAAGAUGAGGUAGUCAUUCAAAAAUCAUGUUAAACACUAUUAUUGUGCACAGAGUGAGUCCAUUCAACUUAUUAUGUGACUUGUUAAGCAAAUGUUUACUCCUGAUUGAUUCAAAACAUUUCAGCUUUUCAUAUUUAAUUAAUUUGUAAACAUUUCUAAAAACAUAAUUCCACUUUAACAUUAUGGGGUAUUGUGUUUAGGCCAGUGACACAAAAUCUCAAUUUAAUACAUUUAAAAUUCAGGCUGUAACACGACAAAAUAUGGAAAAAGUAAAGGGGUGUGAAUACUUUCUGAAGGCACUGUAAAACAAGUUUUUGAAUGCAGUUGGCCUUUAAAAACGCCCUAGAGUCGAUGUCCACGCCCCCGCAGAAAUCGAAUUAGUGUAAUAAAAAAAUCCCCAUCCCGAUCUGUUUAAGCUAGAGAUAUCUUCUUUUUUUUUUGCAAGGGCUGCGUCUGAUUCCACCGUAUCCACCAAUGGCUGCCUUCCGCAACUGCGGUGGUAGGUAGCCGAGCUACAGCAGUGAUUGUCAGACCAGGAGACAUCCCGAAAAUUGGUCUUCUCACAAACAUUUCAGUAGUAGCAUCCAAACAGUUUUGGCUACACAUUAAUAUGCCUCUAUGGAAAGGUGAGACUCUCACGAACACAUACAUGUCGGUUGUUUUGCUGACAGGUGUAUAAAAUCGAGCACACAGCCAUGCAAUCUCCAUAGACAAACACCGGCAGUAGAAUGGCCUUACUGAAGAGCUCAGUGACUUUUAACGUGGCACCGUCAUAGGAUGCCACCUUUCCAACAAGUCAGUUCAUCAAAUUCCUGCCCUGCUAGAGCUGCCCCGGUCAACUGUAAGUGCUGUUAUUGUGAAGUGGAAACGUCUAGGAGCAACAAAGGCUCAGCCGUGAAGUGGUAGGCCAGACAAGCUCACAGAACGGGACCGCCGAGUGCUGGAGCGCGUAAAAAUUGUCGGUCCUCAGUUGUAACACUCACUACCGAGUUCCAAAUUGCCUCUGAAAGCAACAUCAGCUGUUAGCCGGGAGCUUAAUGAAAUGGGUUUCCAUGGCCGGGCAGCCACACACAAGCCUAAAAUCAGCAUGCGCAAUGCCAAGCGUCGGCUGGAGUGGUGUAAAGCUUGCCGCCAUUGGACUCUGGAGCAAUAGAAACGCGCAGUCCGACAGACAAAUCUAGGUUUGGCAGAUGCCAGGAGAACGCUACAUGCCCCAAUGCAUAGUACCAACUGUAAAGUUUGGUGGAGGAGGAAUAAUUAUCUGGGGCUGUUUUUAAUGGUUUGGGCUAGGCCCCUUAGUUCCAGUGAAGGGAAAUCUUAAUGCCCUUUCCAGUUUCAGCAUGACAAUACCCCCGUGCACAAAGCGAGGUCCAUACAGAAAUGGUUUGUCGAGAUUGGUGUGUAAGAACUUGACUGGCCUGCACAGUGCCCUGACCUCAACCCCAUCAAACACCUAUGGGAUGAAUUGGAACGCCGACUGCGAUCCAGGCCUAAUCGCCCAACAUCAGUGCACGACCUCACUGAUGCUCUUCUGGCUGAAUUGGAAGCAAGUCCCCGCAGCACUGUUUCAACAUCUAGUGGAAAGCCUUCCCAGAAGAGUGGAGGCUGUUAUAGCAGCAAAGGGGGGACCAACUCCAUAUUAAUGCCCAUGAUUUUGGAAUGAGAUGUUAGACGAGCAGGUGUCCACAUACAUUUGGUCAUGUAGUGUAUAUCUAUAUGGAAGUAGUUUAGUGGGGGAAAAAAGGGAUAAAUAUGGGUAAAAAAAAAUACAAAAAAUGUAAUGAUCUUUCAUAUCUCUCAGCUAUAGGACAGACACUUUAAAACAACAUUCAUUUGUAUUAAUUGUUUUGACUAUCUGUUUUUCUAUGUAUGAAUCUGUUAUUCAACGCGUUUCUAUUGGCCAAUAGUAGUAAGGCCAAAUUCAAUGUUUCAUCAAAUAUUUAUUAUAUAUAUAUAUUUUUAUGGCUAAAGGGUUCCUAAAAUGUAAAAUCAAAUAGCUAAAUUAUCCUUGGUAUGACCAUCUUAAAACAAUUCCAUACGUUAGCUUAGUAGAAGCCCCCCCCCCCCCCCCGUAUUUACUACUCUAUUAGUCUGUUACAUUUUGAUGUCUGUCAAACUAAAUAUGUACUGUCCUCCUUUUCCUCUUCUCCUGGUGCAGGUUGUUCAUGAGAUCGACUCCCUCACGUGUGACCUACAGCUGGAGGAGGAGAUGACGGACAGUUCCAAGACAGACACCCUGAACAGCAGCUGUAGCAGCAGCACCACCACAGCCUCCAGCAUCGACAAGAUCAAGAUCUACCCUGACGACACCAUCUUUAGGCCCCAGUGUGUCCUGACCGUGCUGAAGAAGCCCCACCCUCCACUGCCCCCUCCCAGGCUGACACCCGUCAAAGCAGAGGAGCACAACCAAGAACCCACUAUCGGGGAGCCUACUAGCCAAGGCUAA